AUAUAUAUAUAUGCAUGCGUAGAGAACAUAGAUACUGUAUCUACUGUAGUUACAUUCACCUAUUACAUCAUCAGUAAUAUCCAACCUUAAUCAUCGUUAAUUUAUCCUUCAGUAAACUAUUUACUUAACAAUGAUUAAUUAAAAGUAAAUUCUUAUGGAUAUUUACAAUAGUUUAAUUUACUUUUGAUAAAAUCAACCAUCUUUUUCUUUUCUUUUCUUAAAUCUAUCAAACAUUAAAUUUAUCCGUCUUUCUUAUUUGUAUAAAUUUUGAAAUUGUAAAAAUAUUAUUCUAUCUUACAUAUAUAAAAAUUAAUGAACAUGCUUUACGGUGGUCCUCUUGGUACUUAUCUUAGUGGUUUAUCAUCAACAUCUUCAUCACCAUCAUCAUCUUCAACCAAUGCAACAUCACAUCUUAAUUCAUCAAGUUCAAUAUAUAAUUCACCUAGUAAUAGUACAAAUUAUUAUUCUGGAAUAAGUGGAUUAAGACGUAGCAGUUCAAGAUAUCGAAAUUCUACAAGUGGUAAUAAUUUAUCAACAACAUCAACCUCAUUAAAUACUACUAAUAGUAGUAAUAUCAGUAAUAAUAAUAGUAAUAGUAGUACUGUAAGUGGAACUAAUCCAUAUUCAUCUUAUUAUACACCACCAGUACGAAGAAAAUAUGGUACACCUGAAACGGAUACCCCAAAGCCAUCACGGUAUUUAACACGUACACAAGGUCUUUCAAGUAAUAGUGGGAGUGGUAUUGUCAGUGUUGGUGUAGGCAGCAGUUGUAGUGUAACUGGUACAUCAACUUCAUCUUACUCAGGACUUCCACAAUAUCCACGUAGGUCACCAAAUAAAAUUGGUUCAAAUACAAAUUAUACAGUUGGUGGAAUAGGUACUAGUUCAUCAUGGAAUUCGGAUUUGAGUAGUGCCGCAAGUAAAACACCUAAUUACAAACAGUUAUACGAAGAAGAAAAACUGCUAACAAAUGGUUUACGUGAAGAGGUGAAAGCAGCCCAGAAAGAACUAAAAGAAUUAGAAGACGCCUUGGAAAAUUCAGUUGGUAGACGAAGACCUAGUGAGGUUGAACAAAGGAAAAUAGAAAGAAGAAUAUCAGAAUGUGAACAAGAACUUAAAUUAAUUGAGAAAUUACGUGCUGAAUCUGAAAAAUUACACGCUGAACAUCGAGCACUUAUCCGAGUGGUAUCACGUUUAAACAGAGAACAAUAAACAUUUUCUUAAAUAAUGACAAUUUACCAUUUUAUUUAUUUAUCAUUAUUCAAUUAACAUGAAUAAUGAAAUAAAAUUCUACUAUUUACUUCUUCAAAUAUGAUAGUUCUAUUUAUACAUAAAGAUCCUUUUUUUUUAAAAAAAAUCUCAUUUGAGUAUUAUGAAUAAAUGAAAUUGGAGUAUUUAUCAAAUGAAACUUUCUAUUAAAGUCUCAUUUUAUGUUAUAAAUAGAAUUGGAAUAUACUUUAUUAGUUGUAAUAUCAUCAUCACCACCCUUUUUCUUUUUUUAAAAAAAUGACGUCAUCAAUACUAUGACGUAACAUCCGAUCAGUGUUUAUUGAUUGUUUUAAUUUAGUUGUUUAAUUAUUGUCAUUUCUUAUUAAUGUAAAAAAUAUACUAAUCAAUAUGUAAUUGUUUAUACUAACAAUCAAGGUAUAAACUGAAUACAUAAAAGAUUGGAUGGUUAC